CUGCAAGCAUCGUUGAUGUGGCGGUGUCUGGUAAUCAACCUGUAGGGAAAAGUGCGCGUACAUACAUAUGCAUGCACUCCAUGGAUACAACCAAGAAUGAUCAAAGAUUGAACUUGCAACCCUCUGAAUAAUUCAGUGGCGUUGGAAGAACCUAUAUAUAUACACAUACCUAGGUACCUACGUAGGUAUGAGUGUGCUGAACAGGUUGAACAGCCGUAUACGACACCUGCUAACGCGUUUGACGCCGCGAAUGUGCGUGCACUGAAGCUCAACAUAUAAUAAAAUGAUUGAUACCAAAAAAGGCGGGACGACCUAAUUACUAAAAGAACAAAUUAUAUACGAUACCUGCACUCGAGAAUGUACAGGCUUGGCUGGAUCAAUUGAUGAAAUGCACGCAUCACGUGGUCUGGCUCUUAUGUACUUACCACGCUAAUCCCGAAACGUGCAGUCGCAUGUGCCGACAAAGACGUCUACAUGGACAGUGGACUUUCAAACCUUUCUCUGCCACCAUUAUCGCUACCACAACCGUAAACCUCCACCAUGGACGACGAUUCCCGAGAAGCGCCUCCGCGCCCGUCAGCCGAGCCGCCCGUCUUCCGUGCCCCUAAAAUGGUGUCGCGUCCGAAACCGCCAGCCCAGCAGGAAGAGGAGCUGGGUGCCGACCCCAAGCUGGGUGAUUUCGAGGGCGAGCAUCCGCUGUCUAUAUCCGAGGCGCGAGCUGUCGUAACCGCCAUUCACGCUGCGAGGAGGAAGCGCGACCCCGGAACAAAUCCCUUGGGUGGUGAUCGAGUGCAUAACGACUCGCAGUCCAUUCAAGCAUUCGUGGAGUAUAUCGAAGUCUUCUCGCGCUACAAGCAAAACGACAAUCUGCACGCCGUUGGUGGCAUCUUCGAUUCCAACCCGCAAAUCAACCCCGUAGAGCGGGCUAUGUUGGGGUCGUUGGGCCCCGAUGGUGCCGACGAGGCCAAAACCUUGAUUCCUUCCCUUGCGCCAAAAUUUGACGACGAUACUCUUCAACCUAUCCUCGAAGAACUCCAGAAAUUGCAGGAUCGUUUUGGAUAG